UACGAUAGAAGAGAAUAUAAAAGGGAGCGAAAACGCGAGAAAAAAACUGUUCACUGAUCAAAAUUUGAAAAUCAAUCUACCUCUGGUGUGUAAAAAUGGACGAAAAGAGAGAAACUUCAUCUGGGCCUUCGUCGCAACCGCCAUCGAUUCCUGGGCUUUCCGGCGAGAAGCGCGGUAACGAAGAUGGUUCCGAAGAGAAAGAUGAAUCAGACGUUGUUUUGGCUAAAGAUGAUGAUAGAUUGGUUACUAACGCUUUGCCUGAGACUCGUACCGUGAAAGAUGUUACUAACUGUGAGACACGAGGAGGAGUACACGUUGAUGAGGUUACUGAAUCCGUUGUUGUUAUCCCACGAGACGCUUCGGUUUCGCAUCAUUUUCAUACGUCUAGCGCACUGGAAAGGCAAGAGUCUAUGCGGCAGUGGAUGGAAAUGAAGCGGAACGGUUAUCUCUCAGGCCCUUUGGGUGGACCCGUUGCGUCAAGGCCGCGAAAGCGUAAGAAGAGGAGAGGAGGAGACGAUUCUUCCAAAGUCCCUAAUAAGAAGAAGGACCAGCAUGUUGUUGUUGCCGCGCCGCCUAGUGGAUUGCUGACGUGGUUGAAACCAGGGAUCAUUAGAGACGUCAGGAGUAAGGAAGAGGUCUACUCAUCUCUUGAAGCUUUGAUUCGAGAUUCAGCUAGAGAAGAUAGGGCGUUAGACUCUAAGGUAUCAGAUCAUGCCAUUUCCUUGACAAACACGGAACAAGCCAAGUUGCUUGCUGUUGAAGGUUAGUAGUGCCUUUGAUCAUGUUUCAGUUCUUCUAAAUAAAAGCAGUUAAGAUUACUUAUUAAAGUUAAUCUGGAAGCUGAAGGAUAAAUUUUAGUGUACAUUAUUGCAUGAUGAUUUUAGUUCAUUGUAGAAGUGGAAACAGGAAUAAAAUGAUUAAAAAGGCAAAAAAAAAAUGUUUAUUUCCUUUUUUAGCUGCUACUGUUACCAAUAAAAACAGUUUAGGUUUGUUUAAAAAAGGAAAGAAAUGAUUAAAAAGGGUAAAAAAAUGUUUAUUUCCUUUUUUAGCUGCUACUAUUACCAAUAAAAACAGUUUAGGUUUGUUUAAAAGGAAUGAAAUGAUUAAAAAGGCAAAAAAAAAUGUUUAUUUCCUUUUUUAGCUGCUACUAUUACCAAUAAAAAUAGUUUAGGUUUGUUUAAAAAAGGAAAGAAAUGCUUAAAAAGGGUAAAAACAUGUUUAUUUCCUUUUUUAGCUGCUACUAUUACCAAUAAAAACAGUUUAGGUUUGUUUAAAAAAGGAAAAAAAAAUGUGUAUUUGCUUUUUUCUUUAGCUGCUACUAUAGCUUCACAGUGGUUGGAGUUUCUUCACCAAGACCUCAGAGAACGGCUUUCAGGUGAGUCUUUGAAGAAAUGUCUUAACUUAGUUGUAGUGAUCUGAGUGAGAUCUUAUGAUGUUUUUUUGUGCAGCUGUGAAGGAGAGUAGGAAGAGAGUUGAUGAUACUUUGAAGGCCGAGUUGCCACUUCUCGUCUCAUCAUCAAAAGAAUCUACCUCUGGUGAUGUUUCUUUAGAUAAAGACGUAACAGAGGCGCAUCGGAUGAAGUGGUCUGCGAAAUUUGAUGAGUUUAAGAAACGUCUCCAUGAUGAAGAGAUAGAUCUUGUGCGUGUACACAUAUGACAUAUCCACUGCGUUCAAGUCAGAAUGGUUCUUAAGCUCAAGGCGGUGUUUUAAUGUAUUUGAAAUUCGCAGGAUAGCACGUUAAACCACGUGAAGGAUACGCAGUCACGAUGCAACGAAGGUCUGCGCCAGAUGAAUGAGGCAAGGUGAGGAAAUUAAAGACCAAACAGUCCCUUAGAAGCGUUUGAAAGGACACGGUUUAAUCACUUUUUCUUGCUCUACAAUACCAUCUGCAGUUUGGGGAAAGAUGGGACCAGUCAGGAGACUAAUUUGGCGGUUCAGGCGGCUGCAGCUUCCAUUUUUUCGACCUGCCGUUAUCUUCUGUCAAAGAUGAAGCCACCAACCUAACAGUUCUUAAUCCCUUUUGUUUAUUGUUAACCGAGGAUCGACUAAUAGUGUAAAUAACAGGGGAUUGAUAGUUUUGUCAUUGGUUAACUAACAUUAGAAGAGAUCUUUUGUAAUCACUGCUACAAAGCUGGCAUUUGCUUUAAUACACACGUUGUCUUGUUGCUGUUAUAGGCACAUAAUGAAAUGUAGCAUCUCAUUUCUCCUGACCAAAACAAUUACAGAUGCUGGUAUAUGAGCUAGAGAGCCAUGACGGUGCCGUUUCAGAUACUGUUUGAAUCCAUUUUGAUGCACGACGGUGUCCACAAAAGAUAUGAUGACAUUAAACACACAGUAACCUGAACACACCAUUUUGUUUUACAUCAAAGAUUCUCCAUACAGAACAAACUCGGAAACUGAAACCAAAGUUAGUAGGAUCGAGUAGUAGCAGCCUAGCAGGAUAUAUGAAAAACCAUGGCCUGGUUUGAUAAGUUGUCUUCUCCUUCUUCAGCUGCUUAUCUCAAAGGUUUCAGUCCCAGAGAUGCUCUCAAUCUCAAGGGUUCCAUCUUCCUAAUUCAUCUUCUUUUUCUUCGGUUCCUCCCUGUCCCGGUCAUCAUCACUAUCGCGCCUUCUACGAUCCCUACUUCUGCUUCUACUUUUACGCCUUGCUCCGUCUCUUCUGUCUCCUUCUCUAUCUCUUACUUAGUUAUCGAGAGAGCAGCAGCGAUAUUUGUAAAACAUUUGGUUAAGUGCUAUCGGCUAAAUCCA